CGCUCGCUUUUAUCUUGGGAACCACGUUGGUUCUUGCGCUGACAGCGGGGCUCAGCCAGUCAGUCGGCUGGCAUUGAGUAGCAGUCCCUGAAUCUGCGGCUUUCAUGACGUCUCCCUGCGUGGUCCAUCACUUUUCCCCCAGCCGGAGAUUCUUUUUUUUUCCACCACUCUUGUCUUUUCCCUCUCCCCUCCACCCGGUCUCCCUCCCCCGCCCCUGCCCUAGCGCACACGGCCCCCUGCCCCUCCUCUGGCCCUGGCGCGCAGCCCUCCUCCCAGCGCCCGGCCGGAGGGAGCCGGUGGAGACGACCGCACCUGCCGGAGAGGGCGGGCAGGCGGGCGGCGGGGUGAGACCCGCGGGCACCGGGAAGCCAGCCCCAGAGCCGGAUGCCUCGCGAGGAGGAUGGAGUCUCUUGACAGCCUCAGGGGGCUGCUGUGACAUUUGACCAUCUGAUAUCAGUUUUUUUUUCUUUUUCUGUUUUUUUUUUUUUUUUUGUAAUUUCCUCCUCUUGCCAUCCAACGUGUAGUCAAUUAUUGCAUCUUACUCCGUUCCAAGAGAGGAGACCAUGAUUGAGUGAAGCCACCGUCCGCAGCAAGGCAAAGCACCAGGAAGAAACUACAGCCAUGGCCAAGUUGACCGAAUCCAUGACUAACGUCCUGGAGGGCGACUCCAUGGACCAGGACGUGGAGAGCCCCGUGGCCAUUCACCAGCCAAAGCUGCCUAAGCAGGCCAGGGACGACCUGCCGCGGCACGUCAGCCGGGACCGGACCAAGAGGAAAAUCCAGAGGUACGUGCGGAAGGACGGCAAGUGCAACGUGCACCACGGCAACGUGCGCGAGACCUACCGCUACCUGACCGACAUCUUCACCACCCUGGUGGACCUCAAGUGGAGGUUCAACCUGCUGAUCUUCGUCAUGGUGUACACGGUGACGUGGCUCUUCUUCGGGAUGAUCUGGUGGCUCAUCGCGUACAUCCGGGGGGACAUGGACCACAUCGAGGACCCCUCGUGGACUCCCUGCGUCACCAACCUCAACGGCUUCGUCUCUGCUUUUUUGUUCUCCAUAGAGACGGAGACCACCAUCGGCUACGGCUACCGGGUCAUCACGGACAAGUGCCCCGAGGGCAUCAUUCUCCUCCUCAUCCAGUCCGUGCUGGGCUCCAUUGUGAACGCGUUCAUGGUGGGAUGCAUGUUCGUGAAAAUAUCGCAGCCCAAGAAGAGGGCGGAGACCCUGGUGUUCUCCACCCACGCGGUCAUCUCCAUGCGGGACGGCAAGCUGUGCCUGAUGUUCCGAGUCGGGGACCUUCGGAACUCCCACAUCGUGGAGGCCUCCAUCAGGGCCAAGCUGAUCAAAUCCAAACAGACCUCGGAGGGGGAGUUCAUCCCUUUGAACCAGACGGACAUCAACGUCGGGUACUACACCGGGGAUGACCGCCUGUUCCUGGUGUCCCCGCUCAUCAUCAGUCACGAGAUCAACCAGCAGAGCCCCUUCUGGGAGAUCUCCAAAGCCCAGCUGCCCAAAGAGGAACUGGAGAUUGUGGUCAUCCUGGAAGGGAUGGUGGAGGCGACAGGGAUGACGUGCCAAGCCCGGAGCUCCUACAUCACCAGCGAGAUCCUGUGGGGCUACCGGUUCACGCCGGUGCUGACGCUGGAGGACGGCUUCUACGAGGUCGACUACAACAGCUUCCACGAGACCUACGAGACCAGCACGCCCUCCCUCAGCGCCAAAGAGCUGGCCGAGCUGGCCAGCAGGGCGGAGCUGCCCCUCAGUUGGUCUGUGUCCAGCAAACUCAACCAGCACGCAGAACUGGAGACCGAGGAGGAAGAGAAGAACCUGGAGGAGCAAACGGAAAGGAACGGCGACGUGGCCAACCUGGAGAGCGAGUCCAAAGUGUAGCCCCCCUGGCAGGGCCACGCCCUCUCCUGUCCCCCACAGCCUGUCCUCGUCUCUCAUCCUCUCGCCUUUCUGUCUCCCCCACUUCAUUCUUCAUUCACAUUUAAUUUUGGCAUUCUCAGAAAAAAGAUCUUCAAGGUGUAAAAUAUCUACCUGCCCUGUCUCGGUUACUCAGAUGGACGAGGCCGACACGGGGGCGUUGGAGGUGCCGGGUGCCUGUCUCUGCCCCAAACGCCACAUGCCCGCCUCCUAGAGCUUGACGCCACCCCCCUGCCCGUGUCGCGCCACCACAGCUCACUCAGAGGAGCGGGUCACAGACCUGACCUGGGACAUGCAUCAGGUCUCCGGUCCUCCCCAUCCGUGCAGCGGGGCACAGAGCCCAGACCCUGGCACGCCCCAUCUCCGGGGCUGGGCGCUGCCCCAGGCGGCCGUGGUGGGGUAGGACCCAGGCGAGGCCCAGACAACACACUGUACAUAUACCUGCCUUCUGUGACUUAUUUUCUGUUGCAGUUAGUACCAACACCCAGCAUGUACAAAAGUACUGUAGAAAACAACUUCUAAAUACUGUACAUAGAUAUAUAAUUAACGUAGGUUUAGAUAUAUCACUUUAGGAAUAAGAUGUAAAAAAACAAAAGAAAAAGAAAA